UUGCUUGGGCAGGCCCCAUCCAAUCCAUCGCGCGCACUCUCACCUGCCUUCCUUCUGCCAGCUGCUGACUCAUCUAUCAGCUCGCUCGCACGCUGCAGAACGAACGAAGCUGAAGGCGGCGGCGGCGGCUAGCCAUGGGGAGGGCGCCGUGCUGCGACAAGGCGAGCGUGAAGAAAGGGCCGUGGUCGCCCGAGGAGGAUGCCAAGCUCAAGGCCUACAUCGAGGAGCAUGGCACCGGCGGCAACUGGAUCGCGCUGCCGCAGAAGAUUGUUGGGCUGAAGAGAUGUGGCAAAAGCUGCAGGCUGAGAUGGCUCAAUUAUCUGCGCCGAAACAUUAAGCACGGUGACUUCACAGAAGAAGAGGAGCAUAUCAUUUGCAGCCUCUACAUUAGCAUUGGAAGCAGGUGGUCCAUCAUUGCAGCGCAGUUGCCGGGGCGAACGGACAACGACAUCAAGAACUACUGGAACACCAAGCUGAAGAAGAAGCUCCUCGGCAAGCGCGCGCCAUCCCGGCGCGCGAGGGCAAACCAGGAUCCCUACCUCGCUGCGGGAGGCGGCAACAUGUGCAGCACCAGCGGUGGCAACAGCGCCGCGACGGCCACGCAAACCCUAAGCGCGUCGGCUCUAGAGCGGAUCCAGCUCCACAUGCGCCUCCAAGGCAUGUACGGCGCGUUCGGUUGCAGUGGCGGCGGCGGCAACGACGACCGCAACGCCGUCGUCGGGGCGGCGGCGCCGCAGUGGCCAAAGCUUGAGGCGCUGCUGCAGGCGAACAGGCUGCUCCCGGGAUCGCUGCCGACGGACGCCAUGGCCACAACAGUGAGCGUGCAACAGCGGCACCAUCAGCAUCUGGUCGACCACCAGAGCCUCGCAGUCGGCGCUGGUAACGCCGCAGCAGUCGAGGGCGAGCAACAGCAGCUCAGCUCUGCCGAUGCGGCAAACUACAUGGCGCUGCCAGGAGGGGGCUUUUUCGAGCGGCCCAAGCUAGGGUUUUACUCUCCAUCCGCCGAGGCUGAAGCUACCGCGGCCGCCGCCAGCGUAGAGAUGAACUCAGUCGCCCCGAUGGUUGGUGGCGGCUACGGCGGCGCCGGAUUUGAACAGUAUCAUCAUCACGACGUGCUAUACGAAUUCCUGUACAGCAAUUACGGAUCGGUGGGCGAGCUGGCGCAGGACGGGCAUGUCCCCACGUUGCCGGAGCUGCAGUGCCCGAACGGCGCUGCCGUCGAUGGAGCCGAUGAGAAGUUCUCGGUGUGGACCGCAUCCGCCGCCUGCGAUUACGGCGCGGCCGGCGGCUAUCAGAUUCAGCUGGGAAACUCCAUCGGUAGCAAUCUGCACGAUUACGUGCUAGGCGGCUAUGAUCAAUGGGAGUAGGGUUUCGGCGUCAUGCCGUAUUUGUGUGUGCAAAAUUCUUAAGCUCAUAUAUAGUUCAUUUUCCAAACUGUCAGUCCAUAGUUAUAUAUUGAACGUUUGGUUCGGUUGAUCUAUAUGGAUGCGAAUUACAGUGGCAACCAAUAUAUUAUUUACUCCAGGACUCUUGCACUUCGAUCU